CCGCACCAUAAUUACGAUAUUACCUUCCGGGUUUGGGUAAAACUACCCAAUUCCCCGUUCCCUCUUAAAUUUGGCUUUCCCCUCUUUCUCUCUCUCUACGGUUCCCUUCGGUCUUCAAGCUUCCCAAGAACUCUUCAGAAAUGGCGGGCAAGGGCGGGAAGGGGCUUAUAGCAGCGAAAACCACAGCAGCUAACAAGGACAAGGACAAGGACAAGAAGAGGCCCGUUUCUCGUUCAUCUCGCGCUGGUAUCCAGUUUCCGGUGGGUCGAAUUCAUAGGCAGCUGAAACAGCGAAUUGCUGCUCAUGGGCGUGUUGGUGCCACUGCUGCUGUGUACUUGGCCUCAAUCCUUGAGUACCUGACUGCUGAGGUUCUUGAGUUGGCCGGAAAUGCUAGCAAGGAUCUCAAGGUCAAGAGAAUCACACCGAGGCAUCUGCAACUGGCCAUCAGGGGAGAUGAGGAGCUGGACACUCUGAUCAAGGGAACCAUUGCUGGAGGUGGUGUCAUCCCCCACAUCCACAAGUCCCUCAUCAACAAGACCUCCAAGGAGUGAUUCAAGAUUUGAUGAUUCAAACGGGCAUUCACUAAUGGCGUUUAAUAUUAUGACUGUUUUAUUCUCGUGUUUUAGUGGCUGUUUAGGUUAGCUGGAUUUAGUAGUACAUAUGGGCAAUCUCGUGCUUGUCCGUUUGAACCGGUAUCUGUAUGUCUGUUCAUCUUCAUGUGUUUUGUUGGAUAGUUUAACCAGGUAUUCUCAAUGUCUUUAUUUAUAUCAUGUGACCUUUUAAGCUCUUCUUCUGGUUUAAGAUGAUGAUUGUUGUGAAA